CUAACACGCUUCACGAAGCAAGAGGCACAUUGACCCCUCGUUGCCGACAAAGAUAGACCACGCAGCAGAGCCGGAGACAGGGUUUGGGUACGAGACGAGAGCAGGCGUCGGGGUCGCGAGCGCGCGUCGGGCGGGGGUCACAUGAUACGGUAACCCAGACAGCGCUGCUGCGAGGGCGGGUCGCAUGCGCACAGUCGGCCGCGACGCCCUCUUCCCGUCUUCACUCGCGCAUCUCUUUCUCUCUCGUUGCUCAACGCCAUUCCCACCGUGAUGCACGCCCUCUCAUGACCGCCAAAAACCACACGAUCGACCUUCCUGAGAUUCCAUCCCUCCAGGUGCCAGAACCUUCCGACUGCGCCUCCUCGUCUUCUCUUCGGCCCUCCAGCAUGGCUUCCCAGCCACUGCGCUAUUCUUCGUACGCGUCGCAGGACACCUUCCUCUCCCCACCUCCAGACUCGAACGGGGUCUCCGCUGAGGAGAACCAGCUCGCCACGACCUCACAUUCAUUGUCUCCCAACUCCACGCUGAGGAAAUCCAUCUCCGUCGACUCUUUUGUCGGCUCCAAGCCUCCUCCUCAAGCCUCACGCGCUACUCGAGGCAACACGAUGUCUUCGAACCUUGCUUAUCCCCGUGAGGCCCGUCUGCGCCUUUCACAGUCGGGUCAAGCAGGGGAUCCGAUGCCUAGCACCUCCCGCAUGCCCACAAAAGAGCGCGAAAGGCGCGGCGCUCCUCCGCCUUUCAUACCGUCGCAAUCUAGAGGGACAAGUUCCGGUGCUACUACGGACGCGCGCGAUCAUUCCUACUUUCUUGAUGAGUCCGACAUGGAGCGCUCAGAAGACCUGUCCAGGCGCGCACGAAAGAGCAAGACAGCGUCCAAUCAGGCCAUACCUCCGCCGGGCGAACUGGGACUACCAUCGCGAUUGCAGACCAUGAGCUCGUUCCCUAACAUCAAUGCGAAUCACCCGCCUGCUCCGAUCAUCCCUGCAAGGAGCAGUAGCCUGAGCCACAAGAUGGCAAAACAAAAGUCGCCCAUGUCUCUUGAUACCCAUAUACCCCCGCCUCCACAAUCACCUCAGAUAUCUAUUGCCGUCAUCGGCGCCGCGGGAUGCGGCAAGUCAACUGUCAUACGGAAAGGUCUGAAGGCGUACAAGCUGUCUGAAUCUACCACGUCCAGCUUCUCUGCUGGCCCCACGGCCACCGACGAUGAUGUCCAAAUACCUUACACCCGCUGGAAUGGGAAGAUCUCAGCCGGCCAUAAUUCUCCAGAUUACCUGCUUCGAAUACUCGAAGUCGACAUCUCGGCGUUGGAUCUGAGUCAGAGUGGCGCAAAAUAUUGGGAACGGCCUUCAUUAAAUGGGAUCAUUGUUUGUUAUGAUGCGGCACGCGAGGAGUCCUUUCAGCACGUUGCGGAUGGCCUGCGUGAAUUUGCACACCUCAAACUUCCGACCAUAGUACUUGCCUGCAAAUCAGACCUGCCAUUGCAUGUUGAUCCCAAACGCGCCGCGAGAGUGCUACAGCAAUAUGACGUAGGUCUCAUCGAAGUUGCGACAACGAAUCCUGCAGGUAAGGACAAAAUACGGACAGCAUUUGAGUGGAUUUUCAAAGCGAUAUUUCGCGAAGACCCCUGAAAACGCUCGAAGUGAACGCGAUGAAUACCGCAAUCCCGCCUCGCCCUCCGUUCUCGUCUCCUCACCAUCAUGGGAUGACUCACGCGCUUCAUCUGCCACGCCCACGGCUGCAUCCAUCGCCCCGACGCAAUCACAACCUACACAACCAUCAACGCAGCCUGAACCAGCCAGCCAGCCACAAACAUUGUCACAGUUUGUACUACCGCCUCCCUCACAGUCAAUUCAUUUAUCGUCGCCUACAUCUCCAUCUACCCCGCGGACAGCAACUACUCCAACUUCACCAACCCGUGCACGAUCAACGAGUGAUUUGCUUUCCGUGCAUGAGCAGUCAAGACGACAGGAACGAGAACAACAUUCGAUCGGCAGGAAUGGUGGUUCCCCGACGGUGAGAAGCAAGGGG